AUGUCUAUUCAAAAUAUUAUCGAAACCAUUAAAUCUUCAAAUACUAUGGAUUUAUUCAUUUUAUUCUUUGUUACUUGCAUCUCUACCUACAUUUUUAAUUUUUAUUACAAAUACUUUACUCGUCCCAAUCCGCUCCCUGGUCCAAUCCCUUUACCAUUUAUUGGAAACAGUCAUAACUAUGGUGAUGUAAAGAAAUUUUAUGAAGAAUGUUCACAAAAAUAUGGUGAUAUUUGUGAAUUGAUGCUCGAUCGUAGAUAUAUCAUUCUUUCACGACCUGAAUAUAUUAAAAAACUUAAUGUUCCGCAAUAUUUUCAGAGGCUUCCAGGUGCUCCGGGUCCAGAUGAAUUAGAACUGCGUCAUGGACUUUUCUUCAACGAAAACGAAGAAAGUUGGAGUCGUAAUAAAAAGUUCUUUAAUGAAGCAUUAUCAACUAAAUUUAUUGAUGCAUCUAUAAUACCUAUAAAAACUGAUUUUUCAGGAUGGUUUCACGCAGUUAUUAAUGAUGUUACUUCAGUUCUUGCCACUGGAACUCGCACGUAUUCAAUUGCAUCCUAUUAUAACACACUAAGUACUAAUAAAGCCGAACUUUCUCAUGCGCUAGUUCAAGAUGGUGUCGACUUUUGUAAUGCACUCGUAAAAUAUUUGGAAAGUAUCUUGUUUUUCUCGUUCUUUAGUCCUUUUGUUAGGCAUUACGUUCCAAUAUUCAAAGGCAAAACAGAUGCAUAUUUAAGAAACCGCGAUUAUUUGCUUAACAAAUUGGACAAUAUAGUUCAACAGAGAAGAAUUGAAAUCAGUAAAAACCCAGAAUUAAAAACGAAUACAAAUUUGCUUACUUCCUUAAUUACAACUACUACUACUGUUGAAGGCGAGAAUCUUAAGCCUAUGAGUGAUGCAGCUAUAAAAGGGUCCAUAUUAGACAUAUUUUUAGGUGGAUCAGAUACUACUGCUGACACGUUCUGCUCCAUAACCUACUUUCUUUGUAAACAUCCCGAUGUAAAAGAAAAAAUGCUUGCAGAAAUUGAUUCUAUUGUACCUACAUUUUCUAAUUUAUCAUGCAAUGAUCUCAAAAAACUAAAAUAUUGUGAGGCUAUAAUUAAGGAAGCUAGUCGUAUAAUACCAGCAGUACCUUUUACAUUCCGUCACACUAUUACUGAUUGUGAAAUUGCUGGAUAUAAAUGGCCAGCUGGUACAGAUUUUCAUUUAAAUUUUGCAGGAGGACAUAUUCACCCUGACUGUUGGGAUAAUCCUAAAAUUUUUAAUCCGGAUAGGUGGCUUCGAAAUAAUGAUAGUAAGAUCGAUAGAGCUGCUUGGAUGCCGUGGGGUGGAGGUAAACGUAUAUGCCCUGGAAGAAAUCUUUCAAUCACCGAGUUACUUUUAGCAAUGGCUUCAGUAUAUAAAAAUUAUAAUGUUGAGUUAGUGAAUGAGCAUGAGCCAUUGAAAAUUCAUACUCAACUAAUUUCUUACUGUACAGAGUUGAAAGUUAGAAUUAGUCCUCGAGUUUGA